AGCUCGCGAUCAAAUAUAACCGUCAAACUGCAGCUUGUGGAAGAAGUUCCAGUAAAAGUGUAAAAACGUCAAUUUUUUUGUGUAGUUCUUCGAUUAAACCUCAGAAAUGUGGAUAGUUUUGUGUUUGUGGACAAAGUGGUGCUUGUGUUAGUGGAGAACAGCGUUAAUAAUGAGAGGUAGCUUGUGCGAGAAGAGCAGAAAUGGAGCAGGAGUUCAGGAAUGGCCGGACGGAUCCAAAUAUGAAGGAGAAUUUCUUAACGGACUGAAACAUGGCAGCGGAUUUUUCACCUGGACUAACGGAGAGUCUUAUAAAGGCUCCUUCUACAAGGAUUACAGACAUGGCAGUGGCACCUACUGCUGGCCAGAUGGGUCUCACUUCACAGGAAAGUUUUAUCUAAAUCGUAAAGAGGGCUAUGGGGUUCACGUCUUCCCUGAUGGAGCGAUCUUCAAGGGCUUGUACCAUUCAGAUGAGCACUUUGGGCCUGGAAUAAUGAUGUACCCAGAUGGCCGGCAGGAUGUGGGUCUGUGGUACCGCCAAUGGCUGCUGCAUCUAUGCACCAGUGUAUAUAUAGGCUUCACUCUGAUGGACUUCCCUGAGCAUGUGUCUCGACUCCCAAAGCAGUACCGACUCACGCAGACUGAGCUCCAGGUAUUCACCCUCCCACCCUGUGCAGAAAACAGGUGGUUAUGCUCAGUGGACACGUCUCUGCUAGAUGACCCAUCUCUUCUGGAAGAUGACGGGUUUAUCCUGCCCCCCGGCAUAGAGACGUACUCCACCGAUUCAGACCACCUGCCAUUACCCCCGCGCCUGCGGCAGCAACUCAACCUGCACUUCUUCAACAGGAGUGAUAUCAGCACGCUAUCAGUUUCUAAUGGCCUGUCCCUUCAGCAGAGAAUGAAAGCUCAUAUCCAUACUCACAGGUUUGAUGCUGGGGGUCUGGACUGGAACGUUGCUGCUGUGCUGGCUAUGAACAGAGAUUAUUUUGGACCUAAGGGCUCACUGGAGCUCGGGUCAGAGAGGCUUAUCAGAGAGGCAUCACUGGGUAAUCUCCAAAAUGUUCAGCAAAUCCUGAGGGAUGGACGAGUUCACCCUGAUGUAGCUGAUGCGAGAGGACACACGGCACUCAUUGCAGCAGCAGAGAAUUGUCAUAACGAUGUUAUUCACUUGCUGCUGGACAGUGGAGCUGAUGUGAAUAAACUGAAUAAUGAGGGGAUGUCUGCUCUGGCUGUCUGCACUGUGCUCUGUUACCCACUCCAGUCUCUACAUGAAACAGUGGCUGAGAGGACAGCACAAAAUGUCACCACAAAACCAGAAACAAGAGCCUCCACUGCUCUGACGAAAAGCUGCCAUGAAGACGCUGCUGAUCUGACAUCUGAAAUGCCCGGAGACACAGCUGAUACAGAACUGAUCUUCAAAAACAUUAUAAUGAACCAGCCGGAGCAAGAGCAUUCAUCUGAAGGGUUCAGCAGAGCUUCAGAGCACACUGAGGAAAGUAAAACCCCCAGUAAAGAACAAACUAUGUUUGAUCUAAACUCAGAGGAUAGUUUGGGAAAUGGAAGCCCAGUGGAUGGUUGUAUAUCGUACUCUGCUUGUUCAGAUGUCACAGAGGACAGUGUGCAGCAAAUGACUAAGGUCCUGAGUGUGGCCAGCCAGGUUUCAUCUGCAAAAACCCAGAUGACAGACCACAAGAUGUCACAUAUGAAGACUGAACAUCAGGCCCAUUGGACCACUAUGACGCUGCUGCUGGAUCGAGGAGCAGACCCGAAUGCCUCUGUCAUCCCGAUGCCAGUCAUUUUCCUGGCUAUAAAAGUGGGUCACGUCGAAGCUGUGCAGAAACUGCUGGAGUGUGGCGCCCGCACAGACCUGCACUUACCAGCAGAGCAAAAGGGCCUGUACUCACUUCACGUGGCAGCAGGACUGCCUGGGCCAGAGGGUCCUAAGAUCACAGAGCUGCUCUUGCAUGCUGUUGCAGACCCUGACGUCAAAGCAAAUGAUGCCGAUGAGACGUACGAGCUGGACAAGAACUCGAAGGAUGCACACAGGGGCUGCAGAAACAGGUCGUCCAUUGGUCUUGGACCUCCAGCAGGCUUUUUUACUACAUCCACAGAGAUGCCUGAAGAAGGGGGAAGGACGCCACUUCAUGUGGCCUGCCAACGAGAUACGGAUUACAUAAAUGCCAGAGAAGUGGUUUCCAUUCUGCUCGCCCACAAAGCAAGCACCAACCAUCUGUGGAGCGGCCAUUCACCCCUCUCACUAGCCAUCGCCAGUGGCAAUGACCUCGCUGUAGAGGAGCUUCUAGCUGCUGGAGCCGACCCAAACCUGCCCCUCUCCCGAAAUGUGGGCAGUGCCCUGUGUGCCACCGCUAACGUCCACUACAACUGGGGGCCUCACCCACGCAACAGAGUGAAACUGGUUGAGAAACUGAUAAAGGCUGGUGCUGAUAUCUUAAUGCCUGUGGUGGUUGGUGAUAGACAGAGGAGUGCUCUAGGAACAGCAGUCGAUUACGCUCAUCAUUCAUUUAACCAGGACAGACGAUUUGCCCACACACCGUACCACGCCUUAAGCCAGAGAGAAAGGGAGCUCUACAAUGCCCGGUGUCAGCUCCUCACAGUGAUGGGAGUCCUACUGAGAAAAGCCGCUCUCAGCAUGGAGAAACAGCGUUUGGAAAACGAGCAGCACCAGGGCAUUCACAGUGUUAGUCCUACAGAGAAGUUUGUGUUCACUGGAACAGGAGCCACUCCUCCCGGAGCCAGAACAAGAGUUCGCCUGUCUGAAGAGGGCAAAACAUCCCCAAACGAGCCUGCGGAUGAGCAGAGAUCGCUGAGUAAAGACAAGGCUAAGACCGUGAUUGUGAGGAAACCCUUGUUUAAAUACUGUUACCAGUGCGGUCGCUCAGCGUGGGUGGCGCUGACCCCGUGCAGCCGCUGUCGAGAGGUUUUCUACUGCAGUAAGAUGUGUAAGAUGAAGGCCUGGAACGAACAUCAUAAGGAGGAGUGUGUUCGUGUGCCAGGAAGUGGACGUCAUGAGGGCAGUCACAUCACUGCUGACCAGCGGCACACCCUUUCAGGAAAAAGCUCCAGGAAAGAAAAGGAUCUUCAUAUUAAGAUGGAUAAACCAAGCUUGGGCAGGCCAGCACCAAACAUCAUCAUACAUCAGCAUGAUCCAGAGGAAAAUUACAGUUUUAUAUGAUCAUAAUGUCGAUGAGUAAUAGCAAUCAAUAUGACUGUAAACAUGAUGAAGUGGGCUUGUUAUUAUUACAAACAUUAAUUUCUAAAUAAAACAUGGCACAGCAUUA